AUGCCCAAGGCCCCCCUCUCACCAGCCUCAAGCCGUAACGCCAUGUUGAUGGCAGGUCGCAUGCCUGUCAUCGCCGAAGACGAGUCCGUCACACCCAUCACAGUACCUCCGGCAGCAACUUUACCCCCGUCGCCGCCAAGAUUCAACCCAAAGAAGCCAAGGGCAUACGGCCGGUCGCCCACAUCGCGGCCCAUAUACGCGCACCCGUCUUACCCCCCGUACUCUCACUCCCGCAACUCUUCCCGUGAGAGCCUCCACAGCAUUCACAGCAUUCACAGCGUUCGCAGCGUUCGCAGCACACGCAGUGUUCAGAGUGUACGGGCGCCCAGCCUGCGCAGUGUCAGCGGCGGCAGCAGCUUCGCCGGCAGCAACCCCAGCUCGAGCAACUCAUCCCCCCGAAACUCUUACUACAACAAGAACAGCUCUCCAAACUUUCCCGUAACCAUGCCCGCCAGGUCGGCGGCCACUCAGGAGAAGGCCAGGGCGAAUGCGCGGGCCCUCCGCCGGAGAAAACGGUACCGCAUUACUGUCGUCAUCGUCAUCGCUGUCUCUCUCAUUGUGGGCCUGGCCGUCGGUCUGACGGCCAGCACAUGGAAGCAAAACACCUCACCAACGCCCUCUGGCACCCCAGCCCUUUCCAACCUCUUCCCAGCGGGCUCCUUUUCCUUCAACACCGCCCUCCAAGCAUCCAGCACGGGCUGCACCUCCAAAACCUCAACAUGGAGCUGCUACCCAGACGUGACGUACGCCAACGCCUCGUCCUCCGGCUCCAGAAACCGCUCCUUCGCCACCUUCUUCUGGACAAUCAUGCCCAAAAACUCAUACUCCUACCAAAUCUCCUCGCCGGCGAGCCCUUCCGCCCCGCAGUUCUCCAACGUGAGCAUGAACCUGCUCGACGCGAACUCGUACGACGAGCGUCUGGUCUUCAAAUUCUCCAUGCCCAAGACCGUCGUGCCGUCUGAAACCAUCGCCCCCAACAACAAAUCCUCGACGUGCACAUUCAACGACACCACUUUUCAGGCGACGCUUUGGACGCGGAGGAACAGCGACAACGAUACCGCGACCAUCGGCGUCGCUGCCGGAAACGCCACGGCAGUUCCGGAUCCCUCCAAGUGGUCGGUCUGGCCUGGCGAGGUCGAAAUCCUGCAGCUCAAGAGGGGCGGCCCGAAUUGCAAGGACAACGACGGUAACGAGUUCAAAGUUGCUGCUGGCGAUGGGCAGUGCGAAUGCCGGUAUGUCAACUUUGGCCUCUGA